UAGAAGCGGGCGCCAUAUUGCAAUUUUAUAGUUCUGGAAAAGCGAAGGACCGAACUGUAAAAUCUGUGUAGGUUGAGGAAAAUUCGAAUUUUCUUCAGAAAAAUCGCAUCUGUUGUGUUUCAAAGUACCACUAAAAGCGAGCGGAAGCUUAGCACAAUCCCUUGGCACUCGUUUCAGCCAUCUAACCAUGGCGUCCGAGGAGGAAAUCGACGAAUCUAUUGCCGAGGAAGAGACGGCACUGGACGAAACAGGAGCGGAGACGCCACAGGGAGCGGGAGCUGAAGCGGAAGAAAAUUCGGAGGACGAAGCACUGCGAAAUUUAGCAGCGGCCCAGGACGAAGAUGAGGACUAUGAGCCGGAGGAUAAUCGUAGCAAGAAGAGCAAGAAGGGUAAGAAACGGAAGGCUCGGGGAGAGGAGAAGAGUAAGGCUCGGAAGAAGAAGAAACGAAAGAAGAACGAUAGCGGUGAUGAGAGCGAUUUUCGGCAGAGUGACGAUGGGGUUGGCGCCGGUGGUGAUUCGGAUGAGAAGCCCAAGCGGAGUAGCCGAGACAAACGAAAGGGCAAGGAGGAGAAGAAGGAAGAAAAGAAGAGUGGGAGCUCGGGGGCGGAUUUCAAUAUGCCGUCGAUCGAAGAGGUUUGCGCCACGUUUGAUUUAACCGAUGUUAAGAUCGAGUACAGUGAGGAGGACUACGAGAACUUGGUGACUUACAAAAAUUUUCAUGCGCAUGUUAGGCCAAUUUUGGCAAAGGAAAAUCCGAAAGUUCCGAUGUCCAAACUGAUGAUGCUGGUUGCAGCCAAAUGGCGUCAAUUCAGUGAAGAAAAUCCCAACCUUCAAGCCGAGGACGAAGAAGACAAACAAGAUGAUGAACCGCCUCCAUCACCGGAAUAUGUUCCGAAAUCUAGUAGAUCCCGAACGAAAACAGAGAAAAGGGAUGAAGAUAUGAUUUACGAUGACGAUGAUGAUGACGAGGAAGAGGAGCUGGAACGAGAAAGAAGUAAGAAAAAGGGGCGAAAAAGCACUAGUUCUAGUGCAAAAAAAGGUAAAAAGCCAAAAGUUCCGACGUUAAAGAUUAAAUUUGGGAAAAAGAAAAAUGCAAGCUCAGAGGAAGAUCCGGAUGCUAGUGGAGGUUCGGAGCGGGAUUCGGACGCUGAGUUUGAAAAGAUGCUGCAGCAGUCAGAGGAGAAAGCCGACAAGGAAAAAGAGAAGGCUGAAGCAGAAGCGGCGGAGCAGGCUGCGGAGGGGGCUGAUCCUCCGGUUCGUAAAAAGGCCAAAACCAAGUUCGGCAACAAAUCCAAGAGAAAAGGACGGGCAAAAAAAAGUAAGUUCCCCGACGGUGAUGAUGGUGAACAUGAGCACCAAGAUUUUUGCGAAGUCUGUCAGCAGGGUGGCGAAAUCAUUUUGUGCGAUACAUGCCCAAAAGCUUAUCAUUUAGUGUGUUUGGACCCGGAACUGGAGGACACACCGGAAGGUAAAUGGUCUUGUCCGACGUGCGAAACCGAGGGCCCCGUUGAAGAUGAUGACGAUGAACAUCAGGAGUACUGUCGUAUCUGUAAAGAGGGCGGAGAGUUGCUAUGUUGCGAUAGUUGUCCGUCGGCUUAUCACACAUUCUGUUUGACGCCGCCGCUGGACGAUAUUCCGGAUGGUGAUUGGCGUUGUCCACGGUGCGGUUGUCCCCCGUUGCAGUACAAGGUGCAAAAAAUUCUCACCUGGCGUUGGACUACCAAACCGCUGGAUCCGAAUGAACCGUCUACUUCGAAAGCUCAAACAAUUCGUAGACGAGAAUAUUUCGUUAAAUUCCACGAAAUGUCCUACUGGCAUUGCGAUUGGGUCACCGAACUGCAAAUGGAUGUAUACCAUCCGUUGAUGUUCCGUUACUACACCAGGAAGUACGACAUGGAGGAACCUCCCAAACUGGAGGAAGCGCUGGACGAGGCGGACAACCGUUACAAGCGAAUUUUGAAGAUGCGUGAUGGCGGCAGUGAAAUGGAUGAAACCGAGUUGGAAGAGAAGUAUUACAAGUACGGUGUCAAACCUGAAUGGCUGAUGGUUCAUCGUGUCAUCAAUCACCGUACGAUGCGGGACGGUCGUACGCUGUAUCUCGUCAAGUGGCGUGAAUUGGCCUACGAUAUGGCAACCUGGGAAGAGGAGGAUGAAGAAACGCCGGGUUUAAAAAAUGCUAUCGAGUAUUACUUGGAUUUAAGAGCAAACUGCACUAACGAAAUCAACUCCAGCUCCAGUAGUAGCAAAAAGAGCAAAAAGAAAGGUCGUAAAUCGCGUGUCAGAGAAUUGGAAGACGAUGAAAGAUUGGGUCUCAGACGUUACACUCCACCCCCAGAGAAGCCUACCACUGAUUUGAAGCGCAAGUAUGAAGUUCAACCACCGUAUUUGGACGAAACUGGAAUGCGACUUCACAAUUACCAGCUAGAGGGUAUCAACUGGUUACGUUACUCUUGGGCCCACGGAACGGACACAAUUUUAGCAGACGAAAUGGGUCUGGGUAAAACCAUUCAAACAGCUGCUUUUCUAUAUUCAUUGUACAAGGAAGGUCACUGCAAAGGACCCUUUUUGGUGUCUGUCCCGCUCUCUACGAUCAUCAAUUGGGAGCGUGAAUUCGAAACAUGGGCCCCGGACUUCUAUUGCAUCACCUAUGUCGGUGAUAAAGACUCUCGAGCUAUCAUUCGCGAGCACGAGAUAUCGUUUGAAGAAGGUGCAGUUCGCGGUGGACGAGCUUCGAAGAUUCGAUCCAGCACCAUCAAGUUCAAUGUUUUGUUGACCAGCUACGAAAUGAUUUCGUUCGAUGCUGCUUGUUUGGGUUCGAUUGAUUGGGCAGUGCUGGUCGUGGAUGAAGCCCAUCGACUUAAGUCCAACCAGAGCAAGUUCUUCAAAGUGCUCGCCAACUACAAUAUCGCCUACAAGUUGCUAUUGACCGGUACACCCCUGCAGAAUAACUUGGAGGAGCUGUUCCAUCUGCUCAACUUUUUGAACAGCGACAAAUUCAAUGACAUGGCGACUUUCCAGAACGAGUUUGCUGAUAUCAACAAGGAAGAUCAGGUGAAAAAAUUGCACGAGAUGCUGGGCCCGCACAUGCUGCGUCGCCUCAAGACCGAUGUGCUGAAGAACAUGCCCACCAAGUCGGAGUUUAUCGUACGAGUCGAACUGUCCCCGCUGCAGAAGAAGUACUACAAAUACGUUCUGACGCGCAACUUUGAGGCGUUGAAUCCAAGGGGCGGCGGAGGAGCUUGUUCCCUCAUCAACAUCAUGAUGGAUCUGAAAAAGUGCUGCAACCAUCCGUAUUUGUUCCAGGCGGCCGUAGAGGAAGCCCCCCUGGGUCCUGGUGGGAACUAUGAGAUUCAAUCGUUGAUCAAGGCGGCUGGAAAGUUGGUGUUGCUGGAGAAAAUGUUGAAACAACUGAAGGAACAGGGCCAUCGGGUGUUGAUUUUUUCGCAGAUGACAAAGAUGUUGGAUAUUUUGGAGGAUUUUUUGGAAGGCUUGGGCUAUAAGUAUGAGCGUAUUGAUGGUGGUAUUACCGGUACACUUCGACAGGAAGCUAUCGAUCGGUUCAAUGCUCCGGGAGCACAACAGUUCUGUUUUCUGCUGUCUACCCGCGCUGGUGGACUGGGUAUCAAUUUGGCAACGGCUGAUACUGUAAUCAUCUACGAUUCCGAUUGGAACCCGCACAACGAUAUUCAGGCGUUUUCGCGUGCGCAUCGAAUUGGACAAGCCAACAAGGUUAUGAUUUAUCGGUUCGUUACCAGGAAUUCCGUGGAGGAGCGAGUCACGCAGGUCGCUAAAAGAAAAAUGAUGUUGACUCAUCUGGUGGUACGGCCAGGCAUGGGUGGAAAAGGAGCCAAUUUUACCAAACAGGAGCUGGAUGAUAUUUUGCGAUUCGGUACAGAGGAACUGUUCAAGGAGGACGCCAAGGAUGAAGAAGCCAUCCAUUACGAUGAGAAGGCGGUGGCAGAGCUGUUGGAUCGAUCCAAUAAGGGUGUGGAGGAGAAGGAAAAUUGGGCUAACGAGUAUUUGUCGUCCUUUAAGGUGGCUUCCUAUUCGACGAAAGAAGAUGUUGAAGAAGAAGUAGAUACCGAAAUCAUCAAGCAGGACGCCGAGAAUUCUGAUCCGGCAUACUGGGUUAAGUUGCUUCGUCAUCAUUACGAACAACACCAGGAAGAUUUGUCCCGAACUUUGGGCAAGGGAAAACGUGUUCGUAAGCAGGUUAACUACACGGACGGCGGAGUCGUACAAGCGGACCCAGUCAAAGAGGAUUCGACCUGGCAGGAGAAUGUUUCCGACUACAAUUCAGAUUAUUCUGGUAACUCCGACGACCAGGGCGACGAGGAUGAUGAGGAUGGCGAUAUGAGUCGGCGAAGCAAAAGAAGAAUCGAACGGAAGGAAGCUGAGAGAGACAAUCGACCACUUCCUCCAUUAUUGGCCCGAGUGGGUGGUAAUAUUGAAGUACUGGGCUUCAAUGCCCGUCAGCGGAAAAGCUUCCUCAAUGCCAUUAUGCGCUAUGGAAUGCCACCGCAAGAUGCAUUCAACUCACAGUGGCUCGUGCGUGAUCUGCGUGGGAAAUCGGAGCGAAACUUCAAAGCGUACGUGUCUCUUUUCAUGCGACAUUUGUGCGAACCGGGCGCGGAUAACGCGGAGACAUUUGCUGACGGGGUACCGCGGGAAGGUCUCAGUCGGCAGCAUGUGCUAACGAGAAUCGGUGUGAUGUCGUUGAUUCGCAAGAAAGUACAGGAGUUUGAGCACAUUAACGGUUACUACAGCAUGCCAGAGCUGAUCAAACGACCGUGCGAACCGGUUAAAAACGCUUUGAGUGGCGGUGAUACGAACAGUGAAACACCGAAAUCUGCUACGACGAGUACGAGCGCAACUCCGGCUACGAGUGCUGCUCCCAGUCCGGCCCCAAUCGGUGUGGACAAGGAAGACGACACGAGUGCUUCCACCGAUGAUAAAGAUAAGAAAGAUGUGGAGGAGAAAAAAGAAUCAUUAGACGAGAAGAAAGAUGAAUCGGAUGCCGGUAAAUUCGGAGAGAAAGAAAAUAAAACCAUCGAAAAGGAGGUAGAAGUUGAAGGAAAGACAGAUUCGUCCUCUACUGAAGUAAAAUCGGAAGAAAUUAAAAAAGACACAGAAUCUACUGACGAGAAGAGACCGGAUGUAGAAUCCAAACCCAAGGAAGAAUCUAAGAAUGACACCGUUGAAAAAAUAGAUAAAGCAAAAGAAGAUGAAGUAAAAAGCGAAACGUCUUCUGCUGCAUCAGCAGAUGCCAAAAAGGAAGAACCGUCGGAUGAUCCGGAUGUCAAAAUCACAGAAGAUCCAGACAAGGAUAAACCAAUCGCAAUCGAUGAUGAUGACGAUGAUGAUGUGGUCAUUGUGAAGGACGACGACGACGAUGUGAAGAAACCUCCCGCAAAACCUGAGCAAUUGGAAGUCCACAAGCGGACAUUUAUGUUCAACAUAGCCGAUGGUGGGUUCACUGAACUGCACACGCUUUGGAUCAACGAAGAGAAGGCUGCGGUCCCAGGAAGAGAAUAUGAGAUAUGGCACCGUCGCCAUGACUACUGGCUGCUGGCCGGAAUAGUAACCCAUGGUUAUGGUCGCUGGCAGGACAUCCAAAAUGAUAUACGUUUUGCGAUUAUAAACGAACCUUUCAAAAUGGACGUUGGUAAAGGUAAUUUCUUGGAAAUCAAAAACAAAUUCCUUGCUCGUCGCUUUAAGCUGCUGGAACAGUCACUCGUCAUCGAGGAACAACUGCGACGAGCUGCCGUGCUGAAUCUUGCCCAAGAUCCGAGCCAUCCGGCGAUGGCUUUAAAUGCUCGGUUUGCUGAGGUGGAAUGCCUGGCUGAGUCUCACCAGCAUUUGAGCAAGGAAUCUCUAGCUGGAAAUAAACCAGCCAACGCCGUCCUGCACAAAGUCCUCAAUCAGUUAGAGGAACUGCUGUCCGAUAUGAAGAGUGAUGUUUCGCGACUUCCUGCUACAUUGGCACGCAUACCACCGGUUGCUCAACGACUGCAAAUGUCAGAGCGGUCGAUUCUAUCUCGAUUGGCUGCCACUGGGAAUACUAUCCAACCAAAUCCACCAUUGGCUCAAUUCCCGGCUGGUUUCCAAGGGUCGACACUACCAGGAUUUGCGGCGGCCGCCGCUGCUGCUGCGAAUUUUGCAAACUUCCGACCCACAUUUUCUGUGCCCGGACAACCAACCGCCAACUACCCCAGCGGAUCGGGAACAUCUAAAUAAGUGCAGAUCGAUAUUGACACUAAAAACACGACUUUAAUAUUUGUACAUCAUACAGUUGAACUACGACCAACAGUUGUGAUCAGCCACGUUCGUUUUCGUAUAAUCUGUCAGUUCUUUUAUCGAGUCUAAGGUCACGUCCCUUCUAUCAACCGUAAGGAAACGAUUCCUUGCUACUAGUGAAGCGGUCAACUUUAUAUUUGUGUUCCAAUAACUUUUUGAGUAGAACUUUUCUUAUUUAUACACAACGACCGAAGUAAAUUUUGAAAUUCAGACAAGGACACGUCUAAUAUACCUUUUACAGUAAGAUACAUUAGGAGUGAUACAAGCAAAUUUACAUCUAGGAUUAAAUACAUCUUCAAACAGUUCGAAAAUCAAUAAAAAAAAUCAUAAAGUGGAUUGCA